UUCUUCCGAAUUGGCGGGGAAUUCAAAACAGGAAGCUGUUACCUGUGUGUCAGAGGAAAUGUACAUACACACGUGUUCACAACUUUACCAUUGGAGAAGAAACAAGUCAACAAUAAGUCUGGAUUUUACUAGUUUAGAUGAAGCUAAAGUAGGAAGAUGCGAGACACUCAAGGCUGUAUCUGGUGAACUUGGUGCUUGUGAUUUCCUCAGCAUUGGUUCAAGGCCUUUUAGCAGCUAUGUCGGUGUUUUGUGAAGUCGCUCAAGCUGCCCCUGUAGCUGUCUUCAAGCUCUCGCAGGACUUCAACAACGACCAGUGUCCCAACAAGGUGAACCUCGGAGUGGGAGCCUACCGGACAGAUGAAGGCAAACCUUGGGUUUUACCCGUGGUUAAAAAGGUGGAGAAGAUCAUCUGCCAUGAUGACAGGCUAAACCACGAGUACCUGCCAAUCCUGGGCCUGCCUGAGUUCAGAUCCUCGGCCUCAAUGAUCGCACUGGGACAGGAAAGUCCUGCCAUUCAGGAUAACAGGGUUGGAGCUGUCCAGUGUCUAGGCGGGACAGGCGCUUUGAAGAUGGGCGCAGAGUUUCUCAGGCGUUUCUACAACGGAAUCAACAACACCAAAACACCCGUCUAUGUGUCUGCACCUACCUGGGAAAAUCACAAUGCUGUGUUUGCUAAUGCUGGCUUUGAGGACGUCCGUCCUUACAAGUACUGGGACGCAGAGAAGAGGGGGCUGGAUUUGGCUGGUUUUCUUGGCGACUUGGAGAGUUGUCCUGAGCACUCCAUCUUUGUCCUGCAUGCCUGUGCCCACAAUCCAACAGGCACAGACCCAACACACGAGCAGUGGAAGAUGGUCGCUGAAAUCAUGAAGAGGAGGAAGCUGUUUGUGUUCUUUGACUCAGCUUAUCAGGGAUUCGCCUCAGGCAAUCUGGAUAAAGAUGCCUGGGCGGUGCGCUACUUCGUCUCCAUGGGCUUUGAAAUGUUCUGUGCCCAGUCGUUCUCCAAGAACUUUGGCCUUUACAAUGAGCGUGUGGGCAACCUGACAAUCGUGGCUCGUGAUCCAGACAACCUGAAGCGAGUUCUGUCACAGAUGGAGAAGAUUGUCAGGACCACCUGGUCCAACCCACCAUCCCAGGGAGCUCGCAUCAUUGCUGUCACUCUCAACUCACCUGAGCUCUUCGCUGAAUGGAAGGGCAAUGUGAAGACCAUGGCUGAUAGGGUCUUGUUGAUGAGGGCUCAACUGAAAGCGAAGCUCCAAGCUCUGGGGACACCAGGGACCUGGAAUCACAUCACAGAGCAGAUCGGCAUGUUCAGCUUCACAGGCCUCAACACCAAACAAGUGGAAUACAUGGUGAAGGAGAGACACAUCUACUUAAUGGCCAGCGGUCGCAUCAACAUGUGCGGUUUGACCACCAAGAACAUAGACUAUGUGGCCGAAUCCAUCCAUGAGGCUGUCACCAAAGUCCAGUAGAAGACUACACUACCCACAGUUCUCUGUGCUUCCUCCAGCCUGGCCCUGAUCCACCUGAUUCCAGGGAAAGUGUUCAGCUCACGGCCUCUUUCCCCUCUCAUGUCAGUGUUUGUGCUAAGCUAGGUUCAACACCUCCUGGACCUGUUUCUUUCUGGUAUCUACUUCUCUUCUGAGUCCUAGAAAGACAGAACAUCCCGGCACUAUUCCUUUCAGUAAUUAUGUUGUAAUUCGUCGGACUGUUUUCUUCUUUAGAUGAUUGUCUCAUAGUUUUAACAUGUAGUGUUGUGUGAAUGUGUCAUUACCCGGCCCUUUGAGAGGGCUAGUACAUCUGUGACUGUGUGACUCUUAUUGUCUGAAGACAUUUGAUGUCGUGCUGUUAUGAUUCAUCCAUUCCAAAGUGUUAAUAACACAUUUGCAUUUUUAUUUCAGCUGAACAACACUUGAAAGAACUGAACAUUAAAAGUGAGUCAUUGAUUAGCGGAGGCAGGUUUAGUGAAUGUCGUAAGUAUUAACGCCUCUCUUAUGAAUUUAGUGCAGUAUUAUGUUUAGUUCAAGAUGCAUUGUGAACAAGAGAUGACUGUUCUCAGGAAGAUAUUUUUUAUCUGUUUAAUCUUUUAAUGAUGUUGCCCGAAAGCUGCUGUUCUAAUUACCUCACUUUGAAUUUGUAUUAAUGGAGCACAAAUAGGACUACAUUUCCCAUGCAGGUGUGUCGACUUCUGAAUGUUGAGAUGUUUCAGGUUCCUGCAGUUUAAACGAAUGUUGAGUUUGCACAGCGAAAGUCUGUUUGCAGCACUAGUGCACUAUUAUGCAAGACCCACAUGUCAGUGGCACCAACACGCUAAUGAUCAACCAGUUUACUAUCGUAUCACUGUGAAUGAUGGACCAAUAAAGCAGUCGCACUGUUCAGCUGAGAAUGUCCUCACCAGACCUUCCAAUGACAUGAAUUUAAUACUCUAAUAAACAUCUUUAAACAAUA